AUGGUUGUACUAUUGAGGAACUGGAAGCCAGUGGUCUCAUUUUAUCUUGAGCAAUCUCCAGAGGAUGAUAAGUUUAUUCCAAGAAUUCCAUUAAUUCUCAUUGUUAUAUUAGUUGAAUAUUUUAAUUUGCAGAUUUCUUUUGAUGAAGUUCUCUUAAACCCAUUUUUCUUGAUAAAUCAAGAUAAUUUUCCAGAGUUUAUUCUUCAUACAAUCAAUACAAUUGAGUACCAUGAACAACCACCUUUGAUUCCAAAAAAUGAUUCUAAAGAAUUUAUCAGGCCUGAAUUGAACAGAAGAUGUGUUGAGGUGAUUUGUUCCAAAGAUACUGAUAUAAGGGGAUACCAAGAAAUUGAUGCCACGACAGGUAGAUAUAUUAUCAAAAUUCGCAGAAGAUGUCACUCUGCAGAUGCAAUAUUAUCACAUGCUGAUGAACAGUACAAAUAUAGUGAAGCAUUGGAGUCUGGAUAUCUGGUUCAUGAAGAUGGAUUAGGAGAAAUUGAUGCCAAUGAUGUGAAAAAAGAGGAAGUAAAGACACAUGCUACUGGAGCAGAACGACUUGUAAUAGUCACACCAAAAAGGUUCGAAGAAGGAGAUGAGCAACUUAUUCCAAGAAAUUGUGCAAUCGUAUCUGGAAAUGAUUUUCAGUAA